AUGUGUUCUCAAUCAGUAAGUGGAUCAAGUCUUUUGUCUGGUUAUGACGAAGAUGAUGCUCGUGAAACAAGUGGACGAUCACGACGUGAAUUUGAUCAAAUCGAUAGUGUACUAUAUGGUGAAGAAUUACCUAAACGUUCAUCUAUUAAAAAAAUUUGUGAAGAAUGGUCAAGUAAACCACAUUUUCGAGUUCGUGGUUCUAAAUGUCCUAUUGAUCGACAACAAGAUAUAAAUAGAUAUGAUACAACAGCAAAUUCAUCAUUAUUAUUUGAACAAUCAUCGACUAAUCUUAAAAUGUCUAGUAUCAAUUUCAAUGAAAUUAAUGUUCUUGGUGAUGAUAUCACGUCUGGUCGUUCAUCGAUUGAUUCGAUUGAAGGUUCAGAGUUAACUAAUAAUUCUGAAUUAGAAGAUGAUGAUGAUCUCGAUGAUGCUGAUGCAACAAAUACUUGUUUAGGUGAUCGUUUUAGUAAUGGUGCUAUUGAUCCAUUUGAUACAGAUGAGGAUGAUGAUGAUGAUGACAAUGGUGAUUGUUCAUCAAAUUUAUCAAGACGUGGUCGUACAAAACAUCCUCAAGAUUCAAUUAAAUGUUUAAAAGAUAGUAUAAUUAUUUCAUUAGCUUCUUCCUUAUUUCAACACUUCCUCAAUGAUCAACAAUUCUUAUUACAACGAUAUACUAAAGAAGUUUGUGCAAAAAAUUCUAUUGUACUACGUCGAAAAUUAAGACCGUCGUCAUUACCUCCACGUUCUUUAUCACAAAAUCGUUUAUCAUUACAGAUAGGAUCAUCAACAAAUACUUCCUUACAACAACAAUCAUAUCAAAUGAGUAUUGCAUCAUUACCAUUUCGUUCGACACCUGAACCAAAUAUAAAAUUAAAUAGUUUAUUACGUGUAACACCUUUACGUACAACGAAUCCUAUUCCUAUUACAAGUAAUUUAAAUUCACCGAGAAAAUCUCAAGUAUCAGCAUUACAAAUGGAAAGAACUUCCACAUCGGUAACAUUAGAAAAACGAAAUCAACAACAACAGCAACAACAGAUAUCAUUAGUUGGUACAGCUGUUGGUAAUCUUUCACUUCAAAUAAGUUUAUCCACAUCACAACCAUCUCAAACUCAAAUAUUACGACAACCUCAAUCAAUGUGGCGUUAUCGUUCAGCAACAACUCUUAAUUCUAAUAUACAAAAUUCUGAACCAAUAACACGUUUACCACCAAUUACUAUUGAACGUUUAAUGGGUAAUGAACAAUUAAUGAAUAAUCGUUCGAAUACAAUAACUGCAGCAAUUGUUGAUUCAAUGCCACCAGCAACAAGAGCAGUUAGUGGAGCAAGUACUGGAUCAAAUGCUUCUGCAACAGUUAAAGCACGAACAUCUGCUAAUCUUAGCAAAAUUCAAAGAACAUCAAGACCACUUACAAUAGCUUCUAGUAAAGAAUUAAAUAAUUUUACAUUAACAAGUCCAACUCGUUCAAUAACAACAACGACUAUUCCAUCGACAGCAUUAAGAACAACUGCUAUUGGAAGAACUCAUCAACAACAACAAAAAAGACCUUUAUUAACAACUAAACCACCAGCACCUCCACCAUCAACAGGUACAAUUAAAGUAUCUGCUACACGUAUUUGUUAA